CUGGGUCUUGAGGGUCAUCUGCUGCACCACACCACACCACACCUGCUCUAAAAUGGCGUUAAAUUCGACUGGCGUUGUCUAACGAGCACAAAGCUAAGGUUCGUUCGGUCCAUCAGAACCAGACCAAAAGAAAAAGAAUGGCAACAAAUCCAGCAGCAACACCUCCAAACCUCCCCAAAUCUGGAGCUAUCUCCAAAGGCUACAACUUUGCUUCUACAUGGGAGCAGAAUGCACCUUUGACGGACCAGCAGCAAGGAGCAAUAGUGAUGCUAUCUCAUGCAGUUGCAGAAAGCCCGUUUCCGGCCAAUUUGGCUCAAGAGCGCACCUCAGGGCAAGACAAUGGCUUGUCUGUUUCUACAAAGGAUAACAAUUUCGGAAAUUCUGAAGCUAUUGAAGCAAUUUUGGUUAAUACAAAUCAGUUUUAUAAAUGGUUCACAGAUCUUGAAUCAGCCAUGAGGUCAGAGACAGAGGAGAAAUAUCAGCACUAUGUCAAUACUUUAACAGACCGCAUACAGACUUGUGAUGAUAUACUUCGGCAAGUGGAUGAGACCUUAGACCUAUUUAAUGAACUACAACUGCAACACCAAGCAGUAGCAACAAAAACUAAAACUCUUCAUGAUGCAUGUGAUCGAUUGGUAAUAGAGAAGCAAAGGCUAAUCGAGUUUGCUGAAGCACUUCGCAGUAAGCUCAAGUAUUUUGAUGAGUUGGAGAAUAUUACUUCUAACUUUUAUUCUCCAAGCAUGAAUGUUGGAAAUGCAAACUUUCUCCCACUUCUUAAACGGCUUGAUGAGUGCAUAUCGUAUGUUGAAAACAAUCCACAAUAUGCAGAAUCAAGUGUUUAUUUGCUAAAAUUCCGUCAACUCCAGUCUCGGGCGCUGGGUAUGAUCCGCUCUCAUGUACUUUCUGUUCUCAAAAGUGCUUCUUCUCAGGUCCAGGCAGCAAUUCGGAGCAGUGGUGGCAACAAAGCAUCUCUUUCCGAGGGUGUUGAAGCAUCUGUAAUCUAUGUACGUUUUAAGGCAGCUGCUAGUGAGCUUAAGCCAGUGUUAGAGGAACUUGAAAGCAGAGCAUCAAGGAAAGAAUACAUUCAUGUUCUUGCAGAAUGCCAUAAAUUGUACUGUGAACAGAGGCUUUCUUUGAUAAAAGGCAUAGUGCAUCAGCGAAUAUCUGAAUUUGCCAAGAAAGAGGGUUUGCCAUCAUUGACUAGAUCAGGAUGUGCUUAUCUAAUGCAGGUCUGUCAACUUGAGCAUCAACUCUUUGAUCAUUUUUUCCCAUCUUCUUCAGAGGAUGUUUUGAGUUUGGCACCAUUGAUAGAUCCUUUGUCUACAUACUUGUAUGACACAUUGCGCCCAAAACUUAUUCACGAAACAAAUGUUGAUUUUCUUUGUGAACUGGUUGAUAUCCUCAAAGUUGAAGUCUUGGGAGAACAGCUCAGUAGACGGAGUGAGUCAUUGGCUGGGUUGCGCCCUACAUUAGAAAGAAUUUUGGCAGAUGUUCACGAGCGAUUGACUUUUCGUGCUCGAACACAUAUUCGGGAUGAGAUUGCAAAUUAUAUCCCAUCUGAUGAAGACUUAAAUUACCCUGCAAAACUGGAGCAAUCUGCAGAUGUGAAGUCAGAAACUGCUUCACCUGAUGCAAACCCAGAUGUAUUCAAAACUUGGUAUCCACCAUUGGAGAAAACCAUAUCUGUUCUUUCAAAAUUGUAUCGUUGUUUGGAACCAGCAGUCUUCACUGGCUUGGCACAGGAAGCUGUGGAAGUUUGUUCUGUCUCAAUUCAAAAAGCAAGCAAACUAAUUGUAAAGAGAUCAACACCAAUGGAUGGGCAGCUCUUCCUUAUUAAGCAUCUUCUGAUAUUAAGGGAACAGAUAGCACCAUUCGACAUAGAGUUCUCUGUGACACACAAAGAACUUGAUUUCUCUCAUUUGCUGGAGCACCUAAGACGGAUACUUAGAGGUCAAGCCUCAUUAUUUGACUGGUCCAGAUCAACAUCAUUGGCAAGGACCCUAUCUCCCCGUGUUUUGGAAAGUCAAGUAGAUGCCAAGAAGGAACUGGAGAAAAGCUUAAAAGCAACGUGUGAGGAGUUUAUUAUGGCAGUCACUAAGCUAGUUGUGGAUCCCAUGCUUUCAUUUGUUACCAAGGUGACAGCUGUAAAAGUUGCAUUAUCUUCUGGUACUCAAAAUCAAAAAAUAGACUCGGUUAUGGCCAAGCCACUCAAGGAGCAAGCCUUUGCUACACCAGAAAAGGUGGCUGAACUUGUUCAGAAGGUAAAAUCUGCUAUUCAGCAAGAACUUCCAGUGGUGAUGGGGAAGAUGAAACUUUAUUUGCAGAACCCAUCAACAAGAACAAUUCUCUUCAAACCAAUUAAGACAAAUAUUGUGGAAGCCCAUGUCCAAGUUCAGUCCCUUCUAAAAGCAGAGUAUUCUCCAGAGGAAAAACGCACCAUUAACAUGGUGAGCAUUCCUGAACUGGAAGCGGAGCUCGACAAUCUCCUGUAGUGGGAGCUAACGAAGCUCGGUCAAAUUUUUUUGCUCAACUCAAAACUCUUCAGUAUUUUUGGCCAUACAUACCGCGGUUUGAGUCUGUUUAUGAGGUUACAUUGGUAGAUAAGUAGAAAAGUUAUGUAAAAAUUGCUUCUUGUUCAGAAUAUUCAUUUGUUAAGUCCAUAAAUUUUUUCUUUAACCCCAAAAGCAUAAAAUUCAAUUGUCACUACCUUGGCAACAAUUGUUGAUCGCA